GUCGGUUUGAAGCUUGUCGAUGGUGAAAUGGUUGAUGUUGUGAAUGUGGCCCAUUUUAUCGAACAAAUGCUGACAAAAACAAAGGAUUAUUUCGCUUCCAACGGAAGCAUGGAUUUGAAACAGUUCUCGUUGGAGGAAUUCCAGAAAAAAUUUGAUAGCAUCCUUACAAAUUUUUGA